GCCAGCAACGUAGAAAGGCAUGACAACUUUGCGCCAUUGGCGCUGUGGGUGUCCGAAAAUGGUAAUCUCCAAGCCGCGAGGAAGGGAACUAAAUCAUGACUCGUUCUCCUUUUUUCCCCGCUCGCAACACGUCCACCUGUGUCAGACCUCUAGAUCACCAAGACAUCUAGGAUAUCCGGGAUAAAAAGCCUCCAGUUAUAUUAUUACAUCAGUCUGGAUAGAUACUGACGUAAAUCCAGGCGCCUCUAAUCGACUCAUUAUGUCUCGGGUUUUGACUUUAGGGCCAAAAGGCAACGAAUGGAGCUAUGACAAAGAUGCCAAGCUCUACAACCUCACUCGCGGAUCCUCCUCGUCGGCGUUUACCCUCCGCACGACCAAGGGUCCUACGGAUACAUCGAUCACGCUGGCGCCGAGUCUGAGCGCUCUGGUUGUGGUUGACAUGCAAAACUUUUUCCUUCAUCCAAGUUGCAAUAAUCACCCCACCGGUCUGGUUGCAGUGGAGCGUACUCUUGAACUCAUUCAAAAAUGCCGCGAGAUUGACGUCAAGAUUAUUUGGUUGAACUGGGGAUUAAGUGAGAAGGACCUCGAAACCAUGCCAGCGGCCGCCGAACGGUCCUUCGAUAGGACCAUGCUUACGACAUCUUCAGAGAGCAAACACGCUAGAGGCGGCUCCGGCUCUGACAUGGGAGAGGGUAGAGGUCGAUUGUUAAUGGAAGGAUCGUGGAAUGCAGCGAUUUAUGGCGCUUUGCAUGAUGUCACACGCGCCUCGGAUAUUUUCUGCAGCAAAAAUCGUAUAUCGGGCUUCUGGCACGGCGAGACGCCGUUUGCCAAGGAGUUAGAUUCUGGUGGUUUUAAGACUCUCUUAUUUGCUGGCGUAAACACGGACCGAUGCGUCUUGGGAACUCUAGCUGACGCAUAUUAUCGCGGAUAUGACUGCAUUAUGGUUGAGGACUGUUGUGCAACGGGGACUCCAGGAGGACAAGAGGUUACUAUACGCAAUACCUCGGGGAUAUAUGGUUUCGUAAUUGAUAGCAACAGCGUUAUUAAUGGUACGCUCGACACCAAAGUACAGACAUGAACAUAGUACGUUAAGCAAGGCUAGACAAGACAGCGUUUAUACCUACCUGGUCCUAUGGAGAUUUGGAUCGUUACUCCAAAGCAGAUCAAGAUGUCACUAGUAGGGGUUGAGCACUGUAUGCUACGUUCUCUCCCCAGUUCCUACGUGUACCCCAGAUAUUACUGGUCUUGAACCCCGCGUAUAUGAGGAGCCUUCGGGC